AUGUCGGCGACGUUGAAGGCGUCUAUUGCGCCUGUGCCAACCGCCAAUGAUUUCUUGGACAUCGUUCUGUCCAAGACUCAAAGGAAAACUCCUACUGUGAUUCACCCAGGAUAUAAAAUCACCCGUAUCCGCGCAUUUUACAUGCGAAAAGUUAUGUUUACGAAGGAUGCAUUUACGGAAAAGCUCCAGGCCAUUUUGACAGAGUUUCCUGUACUAGAGAAUAUGCACCCCUUCACUUCGUCAUUGAUGAAUGUCUUGUAUGAUAAGAAUCACUAUAAGUUGGCUUUGGGCCAAAUCAAUACUGCAAGGCACCUCAUUGAGCAGGUAGCCAAAGACUAUGUGCGGCUUAUAAAAUUCGGCGACAGUCUUUUUCGCUGCAAGCAGCUGAAACGAGCUGCACUGGGACGAAUGGCUACGAUCAUGCGCCGAAACAAGGACCCACUUGCCUACCUAGAACAAGUCCGACAGCAUAUUUCGCGUCUGCCUGCGAUUGAUCCUAACACGCGCACGCUAGUUGUCUGCGGUUAUCCUAAUGUGGGCAAGUCGAGUUUCUUGAACAAGGUGACUCGCGCAGAUGUCGACGUUCAGCCAUACGCUUUUACGACCAAGUCGCUCUUCGUUGGUCAUAUGGACUAUAAGUACCUGCGUUGGCAAGUAAUCGAUACGCCCGGUAUUCUUGAUCACCCACUGGAGGAAAUGAACACGAUCGAAAUGCAAGCCAUCACAGCGCUAGCCCAUCUUCGUUCUGCCGUCUUAUACUUCAUGGACCUAUCUGAGCAAUGUGGCUAUUCUGUCGAAGCCCAGGUACUCCUUUUCAACAGUAUUAAACCGCUGUUUAACAACAAGCCUACUUUUCUCGUGAUAAACAAGAUUGAUGCUGCCAAACUAGAAGAUCUAGACGAAGACAAGGCAAAUAUGGUGCGCAGUGUGAUUGAAGAGUCUCAUGGCAAAAUAAAGAUGAUCGAGAUCAGCACUUUUACUGACCACGGUAUCAUGGACUUGAAGCAGCAGGCCUGUGAUGCAUUGCUUUCGUCCCGCGUAGAUACCAAGAUUCGUGGCCCUAAAGCGGACUCGAUCCUGAAUCGUCUUCAUGUGGCAACACCUCUCAAACGCGACGAUAUUGAGCGUGCUCCUUAUAUUCCAGAGUCUGUCCGUGAUGGAUCAAGGAAGAAGUACGACCCUGAAGAUCCUGAACGCCGCAUCACUGAGCGUGAUAUUCAGGAGAGGCACGGUGGCGCUGGUGUGCACAACAUUGACAUGAAGAAGAAUUACAUUCUGGCUAACGAUGAAUGGAAAUAUGAUAAGAUUCCUGAAAUCUACGAAGGCAAGAAUGUGGCCGACUUCAUUGAUCCAGAUAUUCUCACUUCGCUCGAGAAGCUCGAACGCGAAGAAGAAAAGUUGGAGGCUGACGGCUUUUACGAGGAAAGUGAUGAAGAACUCGACGAUGAGGAUGCUGAAAUUCGUAAGGUUGCCCAAGCUAUCCAGCAGCGCAAGGACAAGGCCAAGUCUUUAGCACAGGCUAAGAAGGCCCUGCAGACUCGUCCCCAGAUACCUCGCAAGCUGCAGCACCGCUCCUUGUCUCAGAUGACCGAAAAUAUGCGCGCUUCUGGCAUUGAUCCCAGCAAUAUAGAAAUGCGCGCAGAGAUUCUUGCUAAGGCCAAGGGUCUCAUCGGAAAGCGCAAAACACGUGAAACACAAAAUGAAGACGCCAGCAUGGAUGAAGAUGACGAUGGUGAAGCAGAAAAUGAUGAGACGAUGUCCGUCGAUGAUACACCAGAGCCUGCAUCUUCACGCAAAAAGAUUCGCGCUGCCCCGACAAAACAAGGCGUAUCACUUACGCGCGGCAAAACUUCAACCACUGCUACAACGAACAAGUCGGGUGGUGCUAUUUCUGCCCGUGCAGGUGCAGCUCGUAUUCCCGCCCGCAAUCGUCAGGCUGAGGGCCUUCGAAGCAAGGCCCAAGAACAUAAGGCUCGCGAGCUGCACAGUAUGGCUAUUCGUGAUCGUAAUCGCGAGGCUCGUGCCGGUGAGUCUGACCGUCGUAUCCAGGCGAGCAAGCCCAAGUGGCUUUACACCGGUAAGCGCGGCCUUGGCACAUCACGUAGCCGUUAG